AUGGACAUCAGGAAAUUUGAAUCUUCGUCUGAUUCUGACAAAUUAAUUGUUAUCUUCAAACUGCUAACUAAUAAUAAUGAUACCACUCAAGCCUUAUUAUCGGAACUAAAAUGUAUAAAAUCGGAAGUCGCCAAGCAGAGUAAACGCAUUGAGGAAUUGGAAGCGGAUAAUGCCUUUCUGCAUCGUGAGGUGCGCAGUCUAAAAUCAAUGCAAUACAACGAUACUUCGAGCACAGAAUUGAAAAUUUGUGGAAUUCCAUCUGCUUCAUCGAAACAACCACACAAGAUUGUUGAUGCGGUCCUUGACCACCUUAAUCUAAGCUCAAUGAAAGGCGAUGUUAUCAAAACUCGUUUACUGCCUAAGUCGGAUGACCAGAAAAAUACGAGAAGAAAAGAUCGCACUUAUAUCGCUACUUUCAAGUCUACUGCAGUGCGAGACUUUGUGAUUCAGACAAAGAUAAAAAAUGGACAGCUAAACUAUGGAAAACUUUUCAAAGAUGAUUGCUCAGACUCGAAAAUGAAUUUGUACGCAGUGGAGUCUCCCUACAUACACAGACUAAAACGUCAAGCGAGAGAAUUAGCCAAUAAACAUAAAUAUUCCAGGAUAUGGAUUCGAAAUAAUACGGUUUUUGUAAGCAAGGAUGAUAACUCUCCACACAUAUCUAUAGUCUCCGAAAAUGACCUCAGCAAGAUCGUAUGA